UAAAUGCAACCAGGGGCUCUCUCUCUCUCUCUCCCCCAACCCACCUUCCGACGGCGACCGGGCCGCCAUAUCCCUCCUACCGUUUGUUCCUCCUCCUCCUCUUCUUCUCCCCCCCUAUCUCUCUCUCUCUCUCUCCCCUCCCUCCCCUCCUCGCUCACCAACUCCUCCUGUCCCGACUCGCGAGCGAAUCCGCCGAGCAGCCCAAGAACAAGGGGGAAGGAGGAGGAGGAGGAGGAGGAGGGAUGGGGGGGAUUGCCUCGUGAAGUGAUCCGACAUACAUAUCCCUCCCAGCUUGGGGUUCGAAUCCCAAUCCCGAGCGGGAAAAAAAGUCUGAAAGUUAACGCGUCCUUCGGCCGCGGAUUCAGAAUUCUGCGAAUAUAAGUACAUUACGGUGGGCCGUGAUACCAAUUUGUACCGAGCAAUUAAUUGAAGGUUAGAGUUUGAGCUUAUAGGAGAUGAAGUGAUUGGAGCUGAAUCCUGUUGCUGAAAGCAGCGAUUUCGUGUCAAAAUUUGAUGCCUUUGCUUGGUUCGAGAGCUGUACAUGCUUGAUACUGUUGCGAUCCUGCAAUGUCCCGAAGGAAUGCCGGGGCAAUGCAGCGGGAGGGGUCAGUCAAGGACUGGGAGGAAUUUGACCCCUCGCCGUCUCCCAAGCUGGCGUACUCGCAGUCCUAUGUUGCAAUGAGGGGGCUUCUGACAUCGGUGGCCUCGCUGGACCUUGUCCUGAUGUCGAGCAGCCUCAAGUCUGCUUGGGCAGCUAUAUCAUCCCACAAGCAUGCCCGGUCCUUGGAGAGGUCAAGGUCCAAGGGAAUGAGCUUGAAGAGGGCCAUGCUGCAGUUAUUAGUGUGCUUCAUGGUUGGUAUCUUCAUUGGGUUCACGCCACCCUUUUCCGUGGAUCUACCAGGAAAGAUAGCUUCUGAAAAUGGGAGGCUUCCAUUUGAUGGGGAUGCCAUUGACAGAAGACAAAUGGUAGAGCGUCAAGGCACCAAGUUGGAGCCAUUCGUAGCCGAGGCUGAAUCUGAAGCAAGCAGCGAGCCACAGGUUGAAGAGGGCCCACCAGUUCCUGCAAUGUUGGAUGACGAGGCGGACUUUGUUGAAGCCUCGCCUAUCGUACAUUCUGUUAAUGAUUCUGGCAUUGUUGUGAGGAAGCACCUGAUAAUUAUUACAACAACCUCUGUUCGACCACACCAGGCAUAUUACUUAAAUCGUUUGGCUCAUGUAUUAAAAGAUGUCCCGCCUCCUCUUCUGUGGAUAGUGGCAGAGUGGCCAUAUCAGUCCCGCGAAACUGCAGAAAUACUGAGGUCUUCUGGGAUCAUGUACAGACAUCUUAUCUGCAAUCGGAAUACUACAAAUAUAAGGAAGAUUGUUGUCUGCCAAAAGAAUAAUGCAAUUUUUCACAUUAAGAAGCACCGUCUAGAUGGUAUAGUGCAUUUCGCUGAUGAAGAGAGAGCAUACUCAGCUGACCUGUUUGAAGAAAUGCGGAAAAUAAGGCGUUUUGGUACAUGGCCAGUAGCAAUACAUGUUGGGACAAAGUACAGAGUGGUUCUAGAAGGCCCCGUUUGUAAGGGUAAUCAAGUCACUGGAUGGCAUACAAAUCAGAGAAGGGGUGUAUCACGUCGAUUUCCAAUUGGUUUCUCUGGAUUUGCUUUUAACAGCACUAUACUUUGGGAUCCUCAGAGAUGGAACAGCCCCACUUUAGAGUCUAUUAUAGUCCAUUCAGGUGGCAGAGGUGGCUUGCAGGAGUCAAGAUUUAUCGAGAAGCUUGUUGAGGACGAGAGUCAAAUGGAAGGCCUUGGGGAUAAUUGCACUCGUGUUAUGGUCUGGAAUUUCGAACUGGAACCUCCUCAAGUCAACUACCCAAUUGGCUGGCUGCUGCAGAGGAAUCUGGAUGCUGUUGUGCCAAUAACAUAACUGUCCUGCUGCUCCUCUUUUUGUUUGCCAUCCUAGUGUGAAUGAUGCCUUCCUGAACUUGGUAGCGUCCAGGAUCAUGAGAAGCUGCUCUGCCAAGAUCUGGUCCAAAUAAUGUCAUACUAGUAACAGUUGAAAAGUGAGAAGCCUGACAAAAGAAAGUUUUUCUCUCUGUUGCAUUCUUUUCUAUAUGUUCAUUUUUUCCCCAUAUUCAUCCAGCUAGAUAUAGCCAUGUACAUUUCAUUUUUUUUCUCGUUUCUGUCCGUUAUAUACAUACAUAUCACCUCACAGAUGUGAAUGUUCCCCUCCAUUGGAACUGUUGAAGAGCAAAGCAGAUACUCUCUUUGAUAUACAUGAACAAAGGUUAAAUCAAAACCAUAGAUUGUACACACAAUGGUGUGCUUGGUCCUAA